AGAUUGGAUUUCUUUUUCAUUUCCCUCUAAUUUUUCCAUUCUCUAAUGUUUGGAGGGAAAGGCAAAGUUUUAAUUUCCUACGAAUUUUUUUUCAAAUUUGACCUGAGCUUACAAAAGAGAAUUCGACACUCUCUUCUGCAGCUCACAUUCUUGAUCUUGCAGAUUUUUGAAUUCCAGGUGAGAAAAUCUUCCUUAAACGUGCAAUGCAGACAAGGAAAAGAACAACUGGUAGAAAUUCUCGUGAGGUUGUCAGCGCUAGGGUUCCAAGACUGCCGAAAAAAUUGGUUGAGAAUGUGCAUGUACAGGGAAAGAAAGUUGCUGAGCUAAUUACAUCAUCUGCGAGAAAGAAAAAAGUUGUUGGCACAAAAUUAAAGGUAGUUGAGGAAUCUGUUGGUGGAACAAAUUUGGAUUCCAAAUUCAGAUUGUUAGAUGCAGAGGACUCCAACAUAUGUUUGGGUCAUCAAGCUGAGCAUGAGUCUCAUAAUUCUUUUAUAAAUAAGAUUCAUGAGAAUGGAGCUGCUAAUUACAGUGCGGGCACCAUAUUCUCUCCUCCCUUUCACCUUGCUAGAAGCGAUGUCGAUGAUAUUUCAAGUGAAGACUUUUAUAAUUACUUCCAGAAUGGGAACCAGCAAUUUCAGGACUGUGCAACGGAGAACGUCCAGAUUGAUUGCCCAGGUGGUGUCACUCUUUCACCUGAAGUUUCAGCUAUAUAUCUUUCCAUGAAAAAUUCAAACAAGGAAUUUAUCGAUGAGGACAAUCAGGACAACAUGGCAGCUGAUGUACGUCGGGAGGAUGAAGCUGCUGAAGAAUAUGAUGACUUUGACCCAUACUUUUUCAUAAAGAAUUUACCAGACCUCUCUUCGGUGGUUCCAACGUUUCGGCCUCUGCUAUUGCCUAAACAAACAAGAAGCUGCCCUUUGACAUCUCUUGUUCUGGACUUGGAUGAGACCUUGGUGCACUCUACACUCGAACCAUGUAAUGAUGCAGAUUUUACAUUCUCUGUUAAUUUUAACAUGAAAGAGCACACAGUAUAUGUGCGAUGCCGUCCUCAUCUUAGAGAAUUCCUGGAGAGAGUAUCUGGAAUUUUUGAGGUAAUUAUAUUUACAGCAAGUCAAAGCAUCUAUGCAGAGCAGCUUCUAAAUGUCUUGGACCCCAAGAGGAAAAUCUUUCGCCAUCGCAUUUUUCGCGAUUCCUGUGUCUUUGUUGACGGAAAUUAUCUAAAAGACCUAUCAGUUCUUGGCCGUGACUUGUCGUGUGUCAUUAUAAUUGACAAUUCGCCUCAGGCUUUUGGUUUCCAAGUUGACAAUGGAAUACCGAUUGAAAGCUGGUUUGAUGAUCGUACCGAUUCAGAAUUGUUAUUGCUGCUCCCCUUCUUGGAAAGCUUAGUUGGAGCUCAAGACGUACGGCCCCUAAUCGCCCAGAAAUACAAUCUCCGAGAGAAAAUAGCCACAGCAGUCCCCCCUUUAGAGUACAAUGAGAGAGACCCGUUGCAGAGAUGAGGAUUGAUGUUUAUUCAUAGUUGCUUCUCCGUUUUCUUGUCCCAAGCAGUAUAAGUGAUAAAAGAACCUCACACAGGUAAAAGCAGUGUGAUCUCAAUCUCAAGGUGUUUGAGGACUGCAGACGUUGACCGGAAAUGGAAAUGGAAAUGGAAAUGGAAAUGGAAAUGAAUAAUUAAGUUUAUACAAGUCACUUUUCAAACAAAUGAUUUAUUUGCUUCACUGGCCUUUUUUUUUAUCUCUUGAUUUGAUUUCUUUUAUGUUUGUGUGUAACGGCUGCUAAUCAAAUUUGGUUAAUGUAGAAUAUAGAGUAAUGUAGCUGCGUGCUUUUUGUAUUUGCUUUCACAGGAAAUAAACACUCCACUAUAAUUUCAU